GCUACUUCCGGCCUCCUCACUUCCGGCUUCGCGUCGCAACGUGCUGGUUCUGGGGGCCGGGCUGGGAGGCCGCCGGCGCCAGCGUCCUCGGGGUUGGUCCGUGUGAGCCUGUGACUGCUGUGGCUGCUCCUGCCCCAGGAUCCGAGGUGCGUGGGGGAGGGGAAGGGGGAAAAAGUCCGGUCGCGUUUCCGCUCCCUUCUCGCCAGGUUGAGGCCACUCCGGAGAGCAGCGGCAGGGAGAACCCUGCGCCGGAGAGCAGCCUGGUCCCGCAGACAGGUAUGUCUGACUGCAGCUCUGGUCCGGUUCUUGAUGCAUCUAAACCAGCCACUGAAGAAGUCAAGUCUAAUUCUGAGGAUUCUACCAUGGCUCAGGAGUCUCCCAAAAAUUCAGCAGCAGAAAUCCCAGUGACAAGUAAUGGAGAAGUUGAUGAUGCUCAUGAACAUGACUUUAGCAGAGAUUUGAAGCGUUCAUUACCAUCUGGACUUGGUCUCUCAGAAACUCAGAUUAUAUCUCAUGGCUUUGACAGUACCAAAGAGGGAGUUACUGAAGGAGGAGUCCAUCAAGGUUCCCCAGAUCCGCCUUUGCCAUCUGUUAUGUCUCCUAGCAGGGUUGCAGCUAGCCAACUGGCUCAACAAGGAAGUGACUUAAUUGUUCCUGCAGGUGGCCAGAGAACACAAACAAAAAGUGGACCAGUUAUUCUAGCCGAUGAAGUUAAAAAUCCUGCAAUGGAAAAGUUAGAACUUGUUAGAAAAUGGAGUUUGAACACAUAUAAGUGUACUCGACAAAUUAUCUCUGAGAAGCUAGGCCGUGGCUCAAGAACUGUGGACCUUGAACUUGAAGCUCAGAUUGAUAUUUUAAGAGAUAACAAGAAAAAAUAUGAAAAUAUCCUCAGACUGGCUCAGACCUUGUCAACACAGCUUUUCCAGAUGGUACAUACCCAGAGGCAACUUGGAGAUGCAUUUGCUGACCUGAGUUUGAAGUCUCUAGAACUCCAUGAAGAAUUUGGCUAUAAUGCAGAUACCCAGAAGCUGCUGGCGAAGAAUGGAGAAACUCUUCUUGGGGCCAUUAAUUUUUUUAUUGCCAGUGUGAACACUUUGGUGAAUAAAACAAUUGAAGAUACAUUAAUGACUGUGAAACAGUAUGAAAGUGCCAGAAUUGAAUAUGAUGCCUAUCGUACUGAUUUGGAAGAACUGAAUCUCGGACCACGUGAUGCAAACACUUUGCCAAAAAUUGAGCAGUCACAACAUCUGUUUCAAGCACAUAAGGAAAAAUAUGAUAAAAUGCGCAAUGAUGUUUCCAUCAAAUUGAAAUUUCUAGAAGAAAAUAAGGUUAAAGUGUUGCACAAUCAGCUGGUCCUUUUCCACAAUGCCAUUGCCGCCUACUUUGCUGGGAAUCAGAAGCAGCUUGAACAGACCCUUAAACAGUUCCAUAUCAAAUUGAAAACCCCCGGAGUGGAUGCCCCAUCUUGGCUUGAAGAACAGUAAAGUCUCACCUGGAAAAAAAAAAAAAAAAA